AACUGAACUCUCUCAAUCACUUCCUGUGCUGUGCUUUCACAUCACAACAACUCCAGCAGCAAUGAAACUUGUACACUUUCACUUCUUCAGCACUUGGAGACACUUUACAGGGAUGAAAAUCCACACGGACGAAUAAUUCCUCAUGGAGAGACGCUGAUAUCCCCGCUGCUGGCUGUCCAGUGGUUAUAAACACUGGACUUUUAUUGUGUGUUUUGUUUUUGGGGCUAGCUGGUCAUGCUAGUUAGUCUGCGACUGAUAACAAGAUAAACACAAAUUACAUCCGAAAUAUCUUAUUUUUUUCACAGAUGUGGAUUAAUAACAGACUCAGGGCGCCAGCUGCGCGAUGUAAAAGUCAUAUAGUCGUCGUAUAUGACAGCGUUUCUGCAGUUUUGUCUAAGAAUUAUGUAUGCAGUUUAGUAUUAGCUGACGCUAGCUGAAGUAAUAACGGGAAUUUCACGUUUAUUUUAUGUUUGGAUAUGAUUUUUGGAGAUACACGGUAUUAAACGUGUUUAAUUCGGGGUUUAUGAGUGAUUUGAGGAACUCUUUGUUCGGGAGAGGAAGAGGAAAAUGAGGAAGAGGAAGAUGAUGAUGAUGAAGAUCAGCUCAACAGGGAACUGCUGAUUAUAAACAGACACAUUCAGAAAAAUGCCUAGAAGAAAACAGUCUAACCCACAGCCUGUCAAAUUGGGAGCUGAAGAUGGGGCGGCAGUCAGCAAUCAGGAAAACCUGGUCCUGGAGAGUGACUUCCUCCUCGGACAGGAACUGGGCUUUGGAGAAAAUGACUACAGGAUCGUGGGUUUUGAGAGGGACUCGGACUCGGUCACGGCUGACAUGGGAAUGCCGGUGUACGGCUUCAGCGAUGAGGACUGCUCCAGCUACAACCGUCUCGGCAUGGAGAGCGACUUCGAGGACCCCCAAGACACGGAGAGCGAGCGGGAGGAAAUGGGCCCCGACGCUGCGUUCGCUCCGUACCUCUCCUGCAGGCAGUGCGGCCAGCUGCUGGGCGACCCCCUGAGCGGCGCGCUGGACCUCGCCGGCCUCUACUGCCUCCAGUGCGGCGCCGAGGGUGGAGACGCAGACCGGCAGGACCGUCCGCUAGAGGAGGCCCACCCCACAGACACCGCGCAGGGGAAGGUGAACCGAGGCAGAGCCACGCUCGAUGGAAGCUCUUGUAAAACGUACUCCUGCAAACUGUGCAGCUUCAGCUCGCGUUACUCCAAUCACUUGAAGCGGCACAUGAAAACGCACAACGGUGAGAAGCCGUACCGCUGCCAGCACUGCGCGUACGCCUCCACCCAGCUGGUCAACCUGCAGCGGCACGUGCGCACGCACACCGGCGAGAAGCCAUACAAAUGCGAGUUCUGCACAUUUGCAUGCAACUCUCUGGGAAACCUAAAGAGGCACCAGCGCAUGCACACGCAGGAGAAAGACCUCAACUGCAGCCAGUGCGACUUCAGAGCCAACAACAGCCACUCCUUAAAGAAACACAUGAUGAGCCACAAGGAGGACGAAUCGACAGCCUUCACGGAAGAGUCUGUGGUGUCUGACCUGACUCUGCACAUCAGCAGCGACCCUGACUUCCUCCAAAGCUACGACACCCUGCGAACGGACCGCCACCCCCCCGCCCUGCUGCACGCCGAGGGUUUGGCCAAAGAGUCGGACCCUCUGCCCGAGCUGCUAUUCCCCUUCACGUGCCGCGUGUGCGGAGCAGUGCUGGAGGACGAGGAGGGCGCCACGGCACAGAUCUGCAGCAAAUGCACACUAGACAUGCUGUCCAAAAGCUCGCCGAGCAGCCCGGAGAAAGGCGACAAGCUGUACUCGUGCACAUCAUGUCCGUUCGUCACACAGUACCCUAACCAUCUCGCCCGCCACAUGAAGACUCACAGCGGCGAGAAGCCCUACAAGUGCCCGCAGUGCAAUUACGCCUCCGCCCACUUCGACAACCUCAAGCGGCACCACCGUGUGCACACGGGCGAGAAGCCCUACAAAUGCCGCGUCUGCGACUAUGCUUGCGGCAACCUGGCCAAUCUCAAGCGGCACGAGCGCAUCCACUCGGGCGCCAAGCCCUUCCAGUGCAGCGUGUGCAGCUACAGCUGCAACCAGAGCAUGAACCUGAAGCGCCACAUGCUGCGGCACACCGGCGAGAAGCCCUUCAAGUGCCAGGAGUGCGGCUACACCACGGGCCACUGGGACAAUUACAAACGGCACCAGAAGAAGCACGGCCACACUGCCGAAGGCUGGCUCAAGAUGCAGCUACCAGAGAAAGAGGAAGAGGAUGAGGAAGGAGAAAUGUAGUGGAAGCUCUCUAUGAUGUCUAAAUCCAGUUGCCUUAUUAUUAUUAUUAUUAUUAUUGUUGUUGUCAUCAGAGGAAUCCAUGUAGUAACGCUGUCACGACAGGGCCGGUGUGCGUUUUUUUUUUUUUUUUACUUGAUUGUAUUUUGUCCAACUGUUUACAGCAGCUGAUUUCAAUCCAAGAAUCACAGUUUUGCAAUUUAAGAGUGACAUUUUGAACUGAAAGAGCACAUUUAUGCACAGCUGGGUGAAUCUCACAAAAACCUUAACUGGCCAUAUUUCACCCUAAAAUGAAAGAAAGAAAAAAACAUGAAAUCAUAUUUUUGCAUGAAAAAAAAAUUAAUGCAUGUUUCAUUUUUCUUUUUCUUUUCUUUUCUUUUCUUUUCUUUUCCUUUUUUUUUUUGAAUGAACCAUGUGUUUUGGACCAUAAUGAUUGAAUAAUGAUGAUGAAUUAUUUGUUACACUACCUUUCAAUUUAUUUAUUUAUUUUAUUUGUAUUUUUUUACUUUUAGGUUUUAAAAAUGAGGCAUGUUUCUUAUGAGCAUUGUUUUAUUGUUUUGGUUUUGUUUUGCAUUUUGAAAUUAUUUUGGGGACUUUUUUUAAGUUUUAAAAAAUACAUUAGAUUUCUUUUAUUACAUUUCUUUCAAAACACAAAAAUAAACAGCCACAAACAAUGUACAAACAAGGAUUUAUUAUAACAAAUACUACCAUUAUAAUAAUGACUUUUUUCUGUCAUGAAAAGUCAAAAUGCAAAAAACAAAUCCUAAAACCAGACUUCAUUUUCUUUUAUGCAAAAAAAUUUUUUUUUUUUUUUUUUAUUUGUCAUGAAUUAUAUUCUUGAUGUGUUUUGUGAGAUUCACCUCUCUGCUGUCAUGCAUUCUUGUUGAAAUGCUGAAUGAGAGAACUGCAAUAACACCAACAAGUGGCCCUGUUCCAGGCCGAUGCAGCAGCUCUAGUUGUUUCAUGAGGGAUUUGAUGACACUGAAGACGUCUGGCUGCUACUGUAUGUUCACUUAUGCACAAUGACAGUGAUGUUGCCUUGUCUCGGGGAGGUGCUGCUCCUCCUUCCCUCAUUUACUGUAUCUGAAUUUCCUGGUGCCACUGCAAAAUGCUGCACUGAUCGUGGUCUCGUCCGUCCCCAGCACACUCGAGGUUUUUCCAGGGCAUUAGAGGGACACGUAUGAGUGAGUCUCACGAAAACUGUUCAGAAAUGCUAGCAUUAUAUUUACCCGAAAUGAUUAUUAAAUAAGGGAAUGUUUUGCAUAAGGAAUAUGGUUUUCACAUAUUUUUGCAUUGCGACAUUAUUUUGCAUCUCUACGAUUUUUAUUUCUGUAAAGUUAAAAAGUGAAAGAAAAUAAAUUGUUCAGUAGUAAAUAUUGUACUAUCCUUUUGUUUUCAUUACUGUAUUACUGUAAAAAAAAUAUUUUUUUAUUGCAUUAUGGCGUAAAUGAGCUUAAUUGUCUUUGAAUAAUUCGUUAUUAAUUGUUCGUAAAUAAUGUCACAAUGCAAAAUAAAAGUUGUAAUGGUCCUAAAAUAGGCCUCAUUUUCUUUAUAUAUUUGUUUUUCUUUUAUUUUUGGUGUGAAAAUGACCCAGAUAUGUUUUCAUGAGAUUCACAAUUGUGUGUGUCUUUCAUUUGACUUUAAAAUAUUUCCUUCAGUUUUAUUUAGAAGUGUGAUGCCUACUGUGAAUUUUUUUUUCUUAGGAAAAGUAAUCAUGGAAAACAGUGAAGGUUUAAUUUUCUCACACUUUUAGUGGGAAAGAUCCUGCCUAACCCCCUUUAUUUGUGUAAACCAGUUCAUGAGCAAGAAAGUGGAGACCACAUGUUCAUAUUCGCUUUAUAAUGAACAGAUCAUAUUCAAAACAAACAUUUAAACAGUCACUUUGAUAUGUAUUUGAUCUUAAAGAAAUAGUUCACCAAAAAUAAACAUUUGCUGAACAUUUACUCACCCUCAGGCCAUCCAAGAUGUAGAUGAGUUUCUUCAUCAGACUGAUAAA